AACAAUAUUUAGGAGGUGCGUAAGUUUGUGUCGUGUUCAAAACUGCGUAGAAGCAAUUUUCAAGUUCCUAAAAUACAACGGUAAUAUCAAAGUUAUCUCUGACUUUAGAUCAUCAUCUUCCUCUACUUUCUUACACUAUUCAAAGACUUGAAGAUUUAGGUCACUCUCUCUCUCUCUCUCUCUCUCUCUCUCUCUCUGUUUCGCCGAGAGCUUCCAUGGAUUUUUUUUUAAAACAACAUAUCUGUUGCAAAACUGUAGAGCUCUUGCAAAUUUCUCUACUGAAUCAAUCUUAGGCAAUGGUAGCAAAAGUACACAAUGAUCUCCCCAUUAUAGAAGCAUACUCGUGUUGGUUAGAAUAGCCAACGACUUACUAUCACUACACCAGAUGAUGUUUCGGAGGCCUUUUACAAGAUUUUAUUAACUUUUUGCAUUUUGUUUGCUACAUUUAAUUGGAGAAUUCUUCAUGUUAACUUGAAAUUUAUUGGUUUGUAGGUUAAUAGACAUACAAAGAGAUUUAGGAAGAAAGGGAUGGUUUACUACCAUGAGUUGUCUCGUAUCUUAAGAGACACAUCUACAACUGGUCAUUUGGCUCACCGUUCCACCAAAUCACCUUCCAAAAGUAAUGUUAGUUCUGAUCCUGAAUUUAAGCUAAAGAAUGAGGACUUAGAUGCAUUGGAAAUUAAUAGUGAUAAUGACAAUGGAGAUGGCCAGGGCAAUGGCAAGGGCAAAAUGGCAGAUAGAAAGAGGAAGAAGAAGAGCUCUUUUCAAGCUAAUAUUUCUGAAGCACUCAAAGAAACGAGUGAAAAUAGUAAGAGGAAGGUGGACCUAAUGGAAAAGAGAUUGACAAGCGCUUCAAUUACUAAUGUUGGCGAUGAUAGUGGUUCAAUUAAAGGUGGUUCUACUGGCUCACGUUCACUACUGAAAGAGUGCAAGGCACUAUUGCAUGCUAUGGAGGAAAUUCUUGCACCUACUUAUACUAAAGUUGUGAACAAGCUUGCAUUGGAUCCCAUAAUAAGGGAGGUAUUUGUUGACAUGCCUACUGUUAGGAUGAGGGAUUGGGUCCUCAAUCUUUGAGAGUUAUUCUUAGAGAGUUCAAGUUUAGUGUGGUAUGUCUUUGUGUUGUUUUAUUUGCUAGUAAUGUUGGUACUUUUGACAUUUGCUGAUAAUGUGUAACAAUAAUAAUGGUAGUUGGUAUGGUAGUUGAAGUAUUUAAUACUUAUGUUAGUACUUUAGGUCUGUGAACAAGCUUUGCUAUUAUGGGUUUGGUAUGGUAGUUGAAGUAUUUAUGAAGUAUUUAUAGAGUAUCUUUGGUAUGGUCUGUGAAUAAGUUUGCUUUUCCAAU